CCGCUUCCCAUAGUUGGGCGUCGCCUGAGGGGCAUACGAUUUUGUUCUGAGAGAGCUGCUACCCGUUGCAUUUGAUAUCCCGCGCUCGCUGCAUGGACCGCAAAAACCUCAUUCUUGAUAGAGAGGGUGAGAGAGGUAGAUAGAGAAGGCCCGUCGUGUCCUCCCUCCGGUAAAAAUCUCAUUAUUAUGGCGGCGAUGGCUGCUUCGCUUCCGUUUGCUCUUGUUUCCCAGCAACACACUCCCUUAUUCAGACCCGCCUCCCCGAUUCCCUUUGUUACUAAGUUUACCAAUAAACGGUCCGGAUUCCUUUCCAGUCAAAGCAAAAGCGGCAUCAGGAUUACGGCCUCUGUAAACCCCGGCUCUGCUGAAGAAACAAAAAGAAGGGCCAGUUCUCAAUCAUGUGAUGACAUCAAGGACGGUGAUAGUACUACUCAUAAUCUCACGUCUGUUGGUAAUCCGAAUGCAAUCACUCCAGGGCUUGGGAAUGAUAAGUACUCUUCUGGUAGAACUGUUGCAUUAUGUGUUUGUGCUGCCGUGGCCUUUGGUGUCAUUCUAGGUAUGAAGGAUGGAGUUGGCAAGGCUUCUGAGUUUUUUGCAGGGUAUUUAUUGGAACAAAGUUUAUCAGUGGACAAUCUUUUCGUCUUUGUUUUGAUCUUCAGGUACUUCAAAGUACCAAUUAUAUAUCAGAGCCGGGUGCUUUCAUAUGGUAUUGCUGGUGCAAUAAUCUUCCGUGCAUCAAUGAUACUGCUUGGAACUGCCACCCUUCAGAGGUUUGAGGUGGUGAACUUACUUCUGGCCUCAGUGCUUCUCUUCUCAUCAUACAAGAUGUUUGCUGGAGAAGAAGAAGAGACUGACCUGUCGAACAACUUCAUUGUGAAAACAUGCCAGAAAUUUAUUCCUGUCACUUCCAAUUAUGAUGGUGAUCGGUUCUUUAAAAUUCAGGAUGGAGCAUGGCAAGCCACGCCAUUACUCCUCACCGUGGCUGUCAUUGAACUCAGUGAUAUUGCAUUUGCAGUUGACUCGAUACCAGCAGUUUUUGGAGUCACACGAGAUCCUUUCGUAGUUUUCUCCUCAAAUCUCUUUGCUAUCUUAGGUUUAAGGUCGCUAUACACACUAAUUAGUGAAAGCAUGUCGGAUUUGGAGUACAUACAGCCUUCCAUUGGUGUUGUUCUGGGUUUCAUUGGGUGUAAGAUGAUAUUGGAUUUCUUUGGCUACCAUGUAUCAACUGAGGCUUCUCUGGGUUUUGUUGCCACUAGUAUAAGUUGUGGAGUUCUCUUGAGUCUCAUAAGGAAGAAGUCGGACUGAAGGAGAGAGAUGUGUGCAGUUGAGCAGCGCACCCCCCCCCAUUCAAAGAGAUGAGAUUUAUUAUGCCUGCCACAUCCUCUAUCAAAUGAAUUGCUUCAUUACAUUAUAUUCUUUAUGUUAUUUUUGGUGGUUCCACUGGGGGACAUUGUCGUUGAGCUUUUCAUGCUUUAAAUUAUUGAGUGGCUGCCCAGAAGAUACAUUGUACCUAAAGGUUCUCUUACUCGGUGAAGAAAAUUGUACCAUAGGUCAAGCAAAAAAACACAUGUGAAUAAGCAUACAAAACAGUACUGUACUAUUACUUCUAUUCCCUGAACUAUAUAAAUUGACAACAAUGACUUGGAAUACAUAGAACAUCUUUUGAUGCUGG